GGUGCGGGCGUGGGGAGGGCGGCGGGGCGCUCGCUGUGUGCGGGGCGGCUCGGCUCGGCUCGGCUCGGCUCGGCUCGGCUCGGCUCGGCUCGGCUCGGUCCCCGCCGGGCGCCAUGUGGCUGCCGCUGUCCCUCCUGGCUGUCGCGGCGCUGCAGGCGCCCCGCCGGAGCGCGGCUUCCCAGGGGGAGCAGCCGCCCGCAGUGCCUUCACCAACAGAGAUUGUAGUAACAUCUGAAAAUUUCAAAACAGUUUUGCAUUGGCAGUACCCACUUAUGUCUGAAACUCCUCAUUUUAUUGUGGAAAUCAAGCCUUACAAUUUAGGUUACUAUAGGAACGUCUCAACCUGUGUGAACACUUCAGCUCAUUUUUGUGAUCUCUCAGAGGAAAUAUGUGACCCUUAUUUAUCUAAUUGGCUUCGAGUUAAAGCUGUUGUUGGGUCACAACAGUCUGAAUAUGUUGAGUCAAAUGAGUUUAUUUUGCAAAGGCAUGGAAAAAUAGGACCACCAAAACUGAACCUCUCAAGACAUGGUGAUAAAAUCAUGGUUGAUAUUUACCAUCCUGUAUUCCCUCUUUCUUGUAUUGAAGACAUUUAUUCAACGCUUCAGUACAGGGUGACUGUUCGGGAUAGUAAAAAUGAGACUGAAGACCUCUAUGAGGACAACUGUACAAUGCAUAAGUGUAACCUCAAAAUCCCAGUUCCUAGUGAAAGUUCCACUUACUGUGUUUCAGCAAGGGGAUUUUUUUUUUAUGAUCUGAUGGUUGGCGCUCCAUCAGAGGAAAGCUGUACUGCUGUUCAUCUUGAGCAGACAUUGAGUACGCAUAGUGUCAUCAUUCUGUGUGUUGUUAUUGGGAUCUUGACUGUAAUACCUACAGUAUAUUGUGGCUGCAAGAAACUAAAGAAAAGCAACAUACAGCUGCCUAAGUCUUUGGUCAUUGUGAUGAGAAACCUGAACACAGGAGCCUUACUGGGACCAAGAUCAGAGAGGAAGUAUUUAUCCGUAAUUAGCUUCCCGUCAUGCCACUCGGAGUUGCCAGUGAAUGGUGAAGUAACCUUGCUGGGGAUAGAGGCAGAAGAACAAACUGUUAGUCCUGUGAAUUCCUGUGACAGGGAAUCUUCUGUCCCCUCCCCAGAGGCACCGGCCAAAGCAGAAGAGGUGCCUGUGCAGGAAAGCACAGAGGAGCUCUCUUUUGGUGCUGAUGAACAAAAUUGUGUAGUAAAAGAGAGUUACUUCAUUUCUGACAGUAGCCAAAUGGAUAUUUGCAGUAAGUCUUCAGGGUCAGAGGUCUCAACCACAGAAACACAGCAAACAGUCAUUCCAAGCAGCUGCUUCAAGUUUUCUGGCUAUGACAAGCCUCAUGUUCCGUUAGAUGUGUUGAUGAUAGAUGUUGGUGAAGAACAGCCUGUGAAUGCUUACAGGCCAACUGAGUAACCAGGAUAACUGAAAUGCUUAACCACAACUCAGAAAGAACAGCAUUACUGAAGUUAUGGAAAGUCUGGGUUAAACUGUGACCAUCUACAAGUUGUACUUGUUCCAUCAGUACACAUUUGAAAAUAGUACCUGAAAAUGGCAUAAAAAGUGUGGGGAAAUUUCAUAAUAACCACUUCUUGAAAUGCUUUUAUAUAUGAUUUAACUCAUUAUUUUUCUGUUUAAAAUAGUGCUGUAUUUUUUAACAAUAAUCUAUAGAAAACAUACCAUCAGCUAUAAAACAGCAACUGUACCAUUAUUCACUUCUGCUUCAAAUCUUGCUUGUUAAAAUUAGUUUACAAACAUAAUGCUUAAGAAAUUCUUCACUUGAUACAAUAGACAUGUGCAAGAAAUGUUUGAGAGUUUUUACCAUUAUUAGUGGCAUCCUCUUGCUUAUCUUUUUCCUUUUGAAGAGUAUUUUUAUAUUAAAUAAAAUGCUUCUAUUUCUUUUUAAUAAGACUAUGCCUAUAAACUCUUCUUGUAUAUCUUAAGAAUUUGGUUCCGUGUCAAAGAAGUAAGAAGUAAUGGCCAUAAGCUAAAAACACAAGAAGUUCACCUCACAUGAGGAAGAAUUUCUUUGCACUGAGGGUGCCAGAGCAUGGCAGACCACUGGAAGAGGCUGCCCGAGGAGAUCUUGAAGUCUCCCUCUCUGAAGACAUUCAAAACCCACCUGAACUCAUUCCUGUGUCACCUGCUCUAGGUGACCCUGCCUUGCCAGAUGAUUUCCAGAGGUUCCUUCCAACACUAACAAUUCUGUGAAAGUACCAGCUAUUUGUAGUCUUUGCUGUUAACUUCAGUACAGCAGUGCCUGUUUGGAUCACGCAGUGGCGUGAGUAACCACGUCACAUUCUGGGAGAAUACAUUAGCAAAGCUGACUGAUCAUCACUGAAAAAAAAAUCUAAUGGGUGGUUGCACAAAUUCUCUUAGAAAAUGUCCUCAAAAUUCAAAAGCCUGAUUUCUUCUGGGACCUGUUUUAUAUCCUAAUUCUUAGACCAAUAUGUUCUUUAAAUAGAAAUCAAUAGAACUUCUUCCAAGCAUGUUUUCUAGCAGGAUAAAAAUCACUGCUAUUUUCCCCCCUUUUAAUAACAUAAUUCAUGAACGACAUAAGUUGUACUUUAUAAGUUUUAUUGUCAUCUGACAGCCUUCUGAAUUUUGUGUCAUAGAGACUGUAGUUUUGAAAACUGAGGAAUAAGUAUUUUACAUUUUUAUAUUUAGUUUUUUCAUAUUGAAAUCCAUGCAAUCUAUUUAUUUCCCUUUAAUGAAGAUUUGAUAGGUAUUUUCUAUUUGUAGGAAAUGUUUAGAGCGAUUAUUAAUGAAGUUUAGUUCAGGAAAAAAUGCUUUACGGGUAUAAUUUGGUCCAUUUACACAAAACUGUGGAUUUGUUUUAAAAUACAUUUUUAUAGGAUUAUCAGAAUUGUUAGCAAGUUGCAGCAGGUGGUUUUAGAGGAAAACCAGUGUCAUAGUAUUUCUGUCCUUAACAUUUCUCAGUGAUAAGAUGAAGUUAGUUUAUACAGCAGUUUCAGGAGUGCUUCCGUUCUUAUAUAUAUCAGAUAUUGACCACAGUGGUGCAAAAGAUAAAAGGACAAUAGCUAUUUUUCUCAUUUCUACUUACAGGAAAGUAACAGAUUGGUAGCAGGGCUUUGAUAAUUUUAGGAAAAGCCAAAUCAAGCAGGUGAAUUUUUUAGUUACAAUGUCAUGGAAAGCCCAGUUAGUAAUUCUUAGCUGGCUGUGAUUUGUUUCUGCAUUAUAUUCAAACACAGUGAGCCCCCCUGGCAACUUUUUCAAUGUCAUGUUCAAGGCUGAGUUCCUAGGAGGCCAUGCUCAGUGACUUACCGCUUAGGAUGCACUAAUGUGUAAGUCUCCCCACGGCAGAGGUGCAUAAAAUAGCACUCUUGGUAUUAGGAGAAGGCUUUUUGAAAAUCAGCAUUAAUUGCACUUGAAACUUCAAUUAAACGACUUUCCAGGCAGUGAUUGGUUCAUCACUGAAGCUCUUAGCAGGCUGUCUACUAAGUAGAUGAGCAGCGGUGCCUUGUGCAGAGAUCAGAGUUGAUGUAAUUUCCUUCUGAGUUCGGAAAUUUGUUGAUGCUUAUGAGUUGCCAUAAAUACCUCAGGAAUUUAUAAAUGUCAGAGAAGUGUUUAUGUUAAACUUGGCUCUGAAGGGAUAAAGAGGGCAUUAGAAACUGUGAAGUUAAUCUUUUUUGGGAAGAAGUUUGUGACCAGACAAUUUGCUGAGUAUUUGCAACUGCUCAGAGUAUUUAACCUUGCACUUGGUAGCUUGUUUUCCUUCUGUCAUUUUUGUCAAAAAAAGAAAAAAAAUGUUGAUGUUGUCCAAGAAUGUCAGGAAUUAGCUCUAGCAGGUGUUGGAUUUGGUGUAUCUGCUUCAAAACCAAGAUUUGAUUAGAAGCAUACGAUUUUUUAAAAAAAAUUAAAUUUACAUUCUUAACAGUGCAUCAGGAAACUCUGGUGCUGUUAGAACUAAGACUCAGUAUCCUAGAUUCAUGUGAGCUAAGUGUUCCAUCGUUUUGGAAGAUUUUCCUUUGCUGACACCAAAGAAAAAGGAAUGCAGAUAGACACAUUAAAACCAAGUGCUCAGGUUCCUUUUUUUUACCCCUGCAAUACAACUACAGUGUACAUUCUUCUGGAUCUUUCAAGUCACAUGGAGUCAAAUGUGAGCAAAAGAACAGAGCCAGGAGCUAGGACAUCAUUAAGAACAGUGAUGUUAAGAUCAAUAAGAAAUGACAUAAAAAUAUAUCAUAACUCAUGGGAAAUAUUUGAUGUGGCAGAUAAUCACAUGUAUUGGAAAGGCAGUGUUAUUUUAGAAGCUGAAAAUCAAGAACAGCGGUAUGAGUGCCUUGUACUGUAUCACAUACAAAUACAGCAGACCUGCUCUUGCAAUGAAACAAGGUUAAAUGGACUUUUUAACCAAAAUUUCUGAACUGUAAAUACAAAAGCCACGGAACUAGCACCAUCCCUGCAGUCUGUCUUCUGUGUGCUGCAUACUUACCUAGUCGCACAAGGAUACUUCAGAUGUAUAAAUUGCUCAGGCCAGAUUACAGCUUUUGUAAUUGUGAAAUAAAGAAGUUUAAGGUUGCACAAAGCACAGGAUUCUUUUACUAGCUGUGUCUAGCUGAAAAUGUGAGGCCACAGUAAGACAAGGAUGUGUUUCUUGGUCAGUAAGCUCUGUUACCAGCAGUCCUGUUUUUAGCAGUUACUAAAAGUAGCCUGAGAGUAGGGCAAGUCAUGGUGAUAAUCUCUGUUUGGAUAUAAUCCAGUAGCUUGCAGUGGGAGGAUUUCUUGGGAUGGGAUGCAAAUGCCUUUCCAGCUACAGCUGGCUAGUCUUGCUUUUGCAGUUCUGUAAUACCAAAUAUCUGAACAAUGUGGCUGUGAACCUGUCAGGUAGUAUUUAUCUGUACAUUUUCACCUAACUGAGUUAGUAAAAUUGAUUAUUAUUCUUGUGAGGAAGUAGUUUACUUGAGCUUCUGAAUAUUCAUACAUAGCACCUUGAUCCAUAAUAUGAAAGUGCCUAAUGUUUAUACACUGAAAAUAAUUUAAUAUUCAUGCCUUUUUCAGGCCUAUCAGCUCUCCAGUAUGACACACUUACAAGGUUUUGCCACUUCAAACCUUUUCAGCUGAUUUUUACUCUUGCUGCUUAGCACUCAUCCUUCCUCUUGCUUGAAGAUGAUUUGGGUGAUUCACUAAGACUACAAAACUUUGUUAUCCUGUGAAAGAGAACUUCACAAGGCUUUGGCCUCAUACCUGCCAACAUUUCUAAGAACUUCUUUAGUUCUUGUUCUUGAGUGGACAUUGUAAUUUUUGUUACUGGAUCUGCAAUUAACAAUCAAGUAUUGUGGCAGUACUGUGUGCUGGCACACAUCAAAUCUGCUUUUGUGUGGUUUUCCACAUAAGUCAGUAAUGUAGUUUAAAAAAAAAAAAUUGUCAAAUCUACUGACUUCUGUGGAAACAAGACAGCAUGUAAAGUCCCAGUUCCCUGGAACAGACUCACAUAUUUUUAUGUAAUCCCUCACUAAAAGAUGGCAGAAAAAGAAACUUGUGUGAGAAAAUCUUUUUCAAGGUUAGGAAAAAACAGUUGCAGUGGAGUGGUUCCAUGUAAACAGUUGAGUAUUAGUAAAUAAGAGAUGUUGUACUUGGUUCAAAUUAAUAGUUUCAGCAUGGUCUUAAGAAAACCAAAAUACUCAAAAACACACAACCAAAACGACAAACCAAAUACAAAGCACCUUGAAUCUCAGGAAAAGGUGAGCUGUGUAGAUUCCUUUAGUGUGAUUUUUUUAUAGUUCAGUCCUUUAAUGAUAAAGUUCUUGUUUAUUAAUGCUCUUUCUCUGUUCUCUAAAUGGAUGCAGUAAUUGGGCUGAAAUCUGGACUGAAUUUCCUGUAAAUACUGUAAGUACAUUUUAAAUGUUCCUAUGUGUAAAUAAAAAAAAUCUAAGAAAAA